UUCACUCACCCCCGACUUCUUUUUCUCUAACGGCUGACUGACGGACGUUCGUUUGCUUUUGCAGCAGUGACAAGUGACUUUUGGGCGCGCUGGUGACCAACACAAUGUUUCAGUAGUCUGUCUGUAUUUUGAGUGAGGCUUUAUUUUCUGCAUCGGUCUUCAUUUUUUUGGGAUCUGCGGCAAUUGUCUUCUCCAGCCACCGUCCGGAUGACGUUAUAUUAGCAAUCAGCCCUCUCUCCCUCUUCUUUUUUUUUUUUUAUUUUGGGUUGGACUUUACAUGUUAGAAAAUGACGCGGAGUGCACUUGCUCCCGAAGCGCCCUCACCUCUUGCUACGAGUAUGUCGGCCAUCACGGAGCGAUCGUCCGUCUCCACGACGAGGUGGAACACCGACCGUCUGGGGACGCGACUGGGGGUGGAUAUCGCCAGCGCGGCCACGGCGGGUGCCUUAACCUGCCCGGUCAUCACCGUCAUUGAUCGCGCGAUCAUCGAGAAAGCGGCCAAGGGCCUCCCGAUCCAACAAACGAUCACCUCCUGUUUCCGCUCCAUGGCCGCCAACCCGGGGGCCUUCUUCCUCAGCACCCCGUUCCUGCUGAUCUACACGCUGUACACCUCGACCUACCUGACGGCCAACACGAUCGACACGGUGCUGUCGACGAUGCGCGACAAGCCCUUCUCGACGGUGUUCCCCGGCACGGCCAAAUUCCUGUCGACGACGGUCGUCAACAUGGGCAUCUGCGUCUACAAGGAUGCACGAUUCGCGAGGAUAUUUGGCGCAUCGCCCGCCCCAGGCACCAGCACCAACACCCCCAGCGCAACCACAACCACAACAACAUCACCACCACCACCACCACCACCAACGAAACCCAACGCCAACCUCUCCCCCACAAUCGCAAUCCCCCGACCCCAACACACCGUCUCGGCCGCGUGCCACCCGGCCACCGGACCCGGCGCCCCCACCGUCCCGCGCAUCUCGUACGCCCUCUUCUGCCUCCGCGACAGCAUCACCAUCUUCGCCUCCUUCAACAUCCCCGCCCUGCUGGCGCCGCACAUCCCCGACCGCGUCGCCGCCACCCCCGGCAUGAAGGCGGCGCUGGCGCAAUUCAGUUGCCCCGCGCUCAUGCAGUUCGCCAGUACCCCCAUGCAUCUGCUGGGACUGGAUCUGUAUAAUAGGCAGCCCCCCGGCGGGCUGGGGUGGCGGGAGCGCGUGGCGCGGAUCCGCAGAGAUUAUGUGCCCAGCUGUUUUGCAAGGAUGGGCAAGAUCGUGCCCGCGUAUGGGGUGGGUGGGGUCGUGAAUGUGCGGAUGAGGGCUUGGUUGAUGGGGGGGUUGGAGGGGAGGUCUUAG